UGAAGCAGCAGGAAUAGAUCCUUCGACACUUAUUGCUGUUGUAGAAUUAUUAGAAUUGCUCAUGAUUGAAGUCAGUAAUAAUGGAAUCUUAUUGUUAGUUGGAAGCACUACAAACUAAAAUUUCUUUUAAAAUUUAGUUCAAAUUUUAAUUCGAAUGAAUAAUAAGAAGAGAGAAAUAAUGACACAUAGAGAAUGAUGAGAGAAGUGAAUGAAUGUAUAACGAAGAAACUCGAUGUACGAAAACAAAAAAAAAAGAAAGAACUAGAACAACACAGGUGCUGUAUGAAUAAUCUAUUUGGAUAAUACUGAAUGAGAAGAGAAGGAACACGAAACAACAAUACAACAGAAAGAAAAAAAGAAAAUAAACACACAGAAGAUAUGUGGAAGACUCACAGCCUAUAACAGUCUACUCAGUCAUGACUCUCGGCUCGAUAGAACUUGACCCAAACUUCGAGUUCAAUCUUAUAAAGUUUGACUCGAAAACUCGAAGUUGGCCGAAACUCUAUUCUCUUUCACAUCUGAUAGUUCUUUCUUAUUUAUUCUUUUUGACUUUGUUUUAUUGAUGGUGAAGUAACUAGAGUAACGUGUAAAAAAAACAUCAGCAUAGUCGAAUAAAGAUGAAACAUGGAGAAAAACUAAAAUAAUAUCUUUCGAAUAUAAUGACAUUUUCUUCACCUAUCGCUGUAGAUUCAGAUUUUUUUACAGAUAGCAUCGUUUUUAAUUUGAAGAAGACAUGUGCUGAUACUAGAUGUUGCAAAAAAUCAAAAAAUAUUCACAUGAUGACGCAGUGUUUGCUUUUUUCUUUUCUCUCUGAAAGGCUGUCGAAAUAGUAUAUAAGUAAUUAUAGCAUGUUAUUCUGUACUUUUUCUUUUUUCUUUUUUCUUUCUUCAUACAUGAUGCAAUAGUAUCAACGUGGCAAAACAUGUGUGUAAAUAUUUAGAAUAUUCAGAUGAAUAAGAGACGAUUAUUGCUCAUUAAACCCAUUUUAUGAGAAAUAAGAAAUAACUCAAUGAUUUUCUUUCAUAAAAUGAUGAAAUAUCUACAUAAUUCUUUUACAAGGAAUUUUAAAUGGUAUUGAUGAAGAGUUCAUGAAUCCGACCGAUGGCAAUAUGAUGAAACACAGAACCAUAGUGACAGCUAUUGAUGAUGUCUUAUGUUAGAUUUCAAUAGUUACAUUAGAGAUGAAGAGAAUGAGGAUUUUCAAUUUUCUUUGAUUCUACUAUUCCUGCUGGCCUAUGUACAAUUUACCAUGCACUAUCGUCCGUUUAAUGAAUUCAAUAACAAUCUUCGCCUGUUGCUUCUGAGUAGCAGAAACAACAAAAAAUAAAAAUGUCAUCACCAAGCGCAUAAAAGAGAAAUAUGUUAGACAACUAAAGCAUGCAAGUAAUACUUUUAGAAUAAUAGUCAAUAAUCAUACCCUAUGUGCAGAUAGCAAUUCAUUUGCAUCAUUAUUAUCAAACACAUCGUUUUCAUAUUAUAUUUCAGUUUCUGUGACACUCGCCCAUCAAGCGGAUUCAAUCCAUUGAGAUUCAACAAUAUGGAGCAUUCAUCGAAUACCAAUUCACUUAGUCCUAAGGCGAAGAUCAAGGAUGAGGUCAAACUGUAUGAUUUUAUUGCAUGAGGAAGUAAAAAGAAUUCUUAAAAAGAACCCAAGUAAGACGAAGAUGAAUAGAAUUUUGUGGAAAAGUGGAAUGAUUAUAGAUAAUCCUUUUCAAGAUUCAUUUAUGUUUUGUGCUUUGAUAGAAUUUUUUCUAAACUCACCCCUAUUCUCAAGAAAUAGAAGUAAAGAGUUGCCGACCAAUCCCUGAAGGGAUCCAUACUCUGGGAAACCGGUUGGACAAAUUUUUCAAAGGUGAAUCACAUAAGAUAUUCCCUCAUGGUCAAUCUGCUAUGUUCAAGUGGUUUUUAGUCAAAAAUAAUGAAGGCGAAAAAAUGAUCCUACCGCCAUUUAUCCUUUGAAAUGCAAAUGUUGUAAACAGAGACAUUAAAAAUGGAUUGAAACACACCUUACUCAACCUUAAGAUCUCAGUUUGACGCAUAUUGGAUUAAAAGAACCGCAUUUCAUUUGUUUGCCUCUCAAUAAAAACCGUGUUCAUUUUGCCCAUUGUUUUUUUUCUGACACAAGAGAUGUUCCCCAUUGAUGCAAAAAUUCUGCUUACGUCACUGGUGACCAAACUUUAGUCUGAUCACUAUGAAUCAGAAAGACUUUUGAACUUUGCUAGUUAAAGCAAAACAUUUUGCUAAUUUUGAUUCAUUCAACACAAUGAAUCUUAUUUGCAUUCUUCUAGACUAUCUUUCAGAAAAGUAAAGUUCGCGAAUAAGAUGUUGAAGAAAUUUUGUGUCUGGAUGUAUCAUAUCUUCAACGAUACCGAUAACCAUUGGAGUUAAUUUUUCUAAUACAAAAUUAUCUCGAGUUAAAUUUGUCAAUGUAGAAUUACAAAAAGCUGAUUUUAUAGGAGCAUCUGUAGAAAAUAUUCAAUUAAUUCGAACAAAUUUAAGUCAAUCAACUAUAACUAAUGAACAAAUAAGUCAAGAUUUAUUUGUUUAUAAUACAAUUUUACCUAAUGGUACUUAUGCUCGAAAUAAAACAUUUAUUAAAAAUGAAGAUAGUAAACAAAGUUUAAAUCAAUAG